AUGGCGCCAGCACUGCUCGUCGCGCUGCUCGCCGCGCUGCUUUCGCCCUCUACACAAAAAAGCGGCGUGGAUUGGGAAACGGCGACGUCCAGCUUCGGCGUAGGUCAAUUGCGGAUAGGAGAACCGAGUGAAGCUGAAGCAGCAGCAGCGGAGGCUGCUCUAGCAGCAGAGAAUGCACCCGCUUGGCGUGAGCUAUGGCAAGCUUCGCUAGAAGCCCUGCGGCGUGAGCCUGAGCUUAAUGCCACAGCCGAAACAAUACGCGCACAACUUGGCUCAGUAGCUUUCUUGCACUGCCCGGUGCGACACCUCGCUGAACGACAGGUGUCUUGGGUGCGCCGACGUGACUGGCAUAUCAUUAGUUCCGGUGCCUUUGUGUACACCAACGACGAGCGCUUUCAGGUGCUGCAUCGCGAAGGUUCCGAGGACUGGGUGCUGCAAAUCAAAUACGUACAAAAGCGAGACAAUGGCACGUAUGAGUGCCAAGUUUCAUCCAGCAAUGGUGCACUUUCGCGGCAGGUGCACCUUCAAGUGGUGGUGCCCGAGGCACUGAUUUUGGGCGCGGAGGAGCUGCAUGUAGAUGCAGGUUCGGCAGUGCGGCUUGUGUGCCUCAUCGAAAACAGCCCUGAGCCGCCGCAGUACGUGUUUUGGUACCACAACGCCAGAAUGAUUAACUAUGACGCAGCGCGUGGCGUAUCUGUACAAACGGCCGCAGCAACGCGUGGUUCGCGUACGCAAUCAACGCUCAGUGUACACCGCGCGCGUCCCGAUCACUCUGGAAAUUACUCCUGUCGGGCGCCCAAUGCUGAGCCCGCUCACAUCUACCUCUAUGUCUCCGAAGGCAGUGACAAGAUGGCAGCGACACUGUCUCGCAGUGCGGCUGCUACUAACUACAGCGAAACAACACAUGCCGUACUAUUUGAAAGUGUUGAAAGUCUAUCGUUAACGUACUAA